AUGAUGUUUGCACCUUAACAUUCUAAUAAAUAAUAAGCAGUUAUACCUUUGAUAUUAAUUAUAUUAUUUCUAAUUCUAUCAGAUGUUUAAUCAAGAAUAUUAGCUCAUAGUGAUUCAUUUACAACAAUAAAUGGUAAUUUAUAAUGAGAUUUAUUAUUUAGGCUGGUAGGUAAUUUCAAAUAAUGCACAUGAAUCUAGAAUUAUAACUUGUGGAACAUCUAAUGUGUUAUUUUUAAAUAAUUAAAGUCCUGUAGAUUAUAGUACUAUGUAUUUUAAAACUUUUGAAAUCCAACCACAUUAUAAAAUUGAAUUGUAAUUUAAUUUUUGGACGUACUAAUAUAGUUUAAGUUUAGAAUUGAUUAAUGGAAUAAUUUUUAUUUCAUAGUUUAUUAUGAUAAUUUAUUAGCACAUGCUAAUUUUUAUCAAACAAUUAGCACAACUAAUUUUUGUGAGGUAUCUAGCUUAAAUGAUGAAUCCUUUAAUACAAAUUUUUAACAUAAUCAUUAUGGUAGUACAGUUUCGAUAGGAUUCUUAAAUAAUUUGGGAAAAUUUGGAAUUUCAGAUUUCUAAUUAUAUAUUUAUGAAUGCCCAGUUGGCUGUUAUUCUUGCGAUGAAAAUGGUUGUUUUUAUUAAUUUUUAUAUAUUAAGUCUUUUGAUUCUAGAGUAAUUUCAUCAAUAAAUAGUAUUGAAGGAUGGUAUACAAAUGACAUAAUUUCUACAUUAGUUGAUAAUAUUGCAGGUAUAUUAUAAUUUUAAUUAGAUAUUUAUUAUCAUAUAUCAACUGGAAAUUCAUUCACAAAAGAGAUUACUCUUAUUGAACAUGAAGCAUUUAGUUUAUAUUUAAGAAUAUUAGUGUUUAAUUCACAGACAACUAGAAUUUAUAUCAAGAUUGAUGAUAUUCUUGUAUUCACUACUAUUUAUAAUUAAGGAUGGUUAUAUAUUAAAGAUUAUUUCUUGGAUCAUAUGAGUUCAUAAUAAAUAAAAAUACAAGAACGUCGACAUCUCAAAUCUAAAAUUAAAAUUACAAUUGAAGUAGUAAUGAUUAAAAUUAAUACAUCUUUGCAAACAUGGUUUGGAAUUAGAGACUUUAAAUUAUUCUUAAUACCUUAUAAUUUAGUAGUUGAUAUGAAGGAUACAUGUGAUGAUUCAAAUAUUUAUCCUUUUGAUGGAUGUUUUUCUAAAAUGUAUGAAUGUGUCGAAGGGUGUAGUAAUUGUAUUUUUGGUGUAUGCUAUGAGUGUUAAGGAGGUUGGGAAUAUUUGGAAACCUUAAGAAAAUGUCAUCCAAUUUGUGGAGAUUCUAUUAUCACAUAUACAGAAGAAUGUGAUGAUGGCAAUUUGAUUUCUAAUGAUGGAUGUCAUUUUUGUAAAUUAACUUGUUCUUCUUAAUGCUAAAUAUGUUAAUUAGGAAAAUGCCUUUAAUGUCAAUAAACAUACUAAUUAAUUGAUAAUUCUUGUUAAUUAAUCUGUUAUUAUAAUUAAGAUUAUGAGAUGUAAAAACAAUAAGGUUGUUAUUAUUAAAUGGAGAAUAUAAUUGAAAAUGAAUUUUAAUAACAUGCUUUAUUAAAUUCUAAUUUUUUAAUGUUUACUCCUAAUUGUCUAGUUUAAAAUUAUAAAAUAUUUAACUUUUAAUAUUAAAUAUGUAAUGUUUUAAGAAUAAAUAAUUGUAAAACUUAAUAUUACUAAGAAUGUAUGGAAUGUAUUGAUGGAUAUCAUUUAGAGAGAAAUAAAAGGAAUUGUAUAUCUUUAUGUAAUGAUGGAAUUAUUGUAGAAACUGAGGUAUGUGAUGAUAAUAAUAAUAUUUAAUUUGACAAAUGUUAUAAAUGUUAAUAAAGUUGUUAAUUAGAAUGUAAAUUUUGUAUAAAUGAAAAAUGUUUAUUUUGUUUAGAUGGUUGGUAACUUAUAGAUCAUAUUUGUGUUUAAGAAUGUGGAGAUGGAAUAAUUGCUUUAGGAUCUCUAGAAUAAUGUGAUGAUGCCAAUGAUAUUAAUAAAGAUGGUUGUUAUUAGUGUAUGUGGUAAUGUUCUCCUUAUUGUAAAUAAUGUAUUAAUUAAUAAUUGUGUUCAAAAUGCAUUGAUAUUGGAUUCAUAACAUUCAUUUUUUAUUAUUUAUUUUAAUAAAUAUAAUAAUUAAUAUAAUUAUUUUAUUAGAUUUCCUAUAAUUUUGAAUUAAUUGGAGAAAAUGAAUGUAAACCUAUUUGUGGAGAUAAUAUUGUAAUUAUAGGAUUAGAAGAAUGUGAUGAUGGAAAUGAAAUUCCUUUUGAUGGUUGUUAUUAAUGUUAAUUUUAAUGUGAAAUUGGUUGUACAAUAUGUGAAUAUGGAGUUUGCUUAUAAACUUGUAAAUCAAAUCAAAUUAUUGUAAAUGGUUUAUGUAAAAAUGAAUCAGAAGAUUCACCAUAAAUUGAUGAAUAGGAUUAAAGUGAAAAUAACAAUGAUUUUUCUAAUUAUUAUAAUGAAUAUUGUGGUGAUGGUAGAAAAUCUAAAAAUGAAGAAUGUGAUGAUGGUAAUAAUGUAAAUAAUGAUGGAUGUUCAAAUAUAUGUUUAAAUGAAUUAAAUUGGAAUUGUACUUAAAAUUAAUAUAGUAAAUGUUUUCCUAUUACUAAAUUAUAAAUAUUGUUUUUGA